AGGGUGAUUGGCAGGAGUGGCGGAGGAAGGCGAGGGAGCGAUGGCCGUUCUCUUGGAAACGACGCUGGGGGACCUGGUUGUCGACCUGUAUACCGAGGAGAGGCCGCGAGGCAUUGAAUUAUUGUCACAUUGUGAAGCCACCGGAGUGAGAAAGGCAGGGUAAAAGUAUCGUAAAUAAAUAAAUAAAACAAGUAAUAUCAGGAUACCUUUAUGCCUUAUGCUAUUUCAGAGAGACUUUAUUGUGCAAACUGGAGACCCUCAGGGCACUGGGCGUGGAGGCGAAUCCAUCUUUUGCAAAUUGUAUGGAGACCAAGCUAGGUUUUUUGAAGCAGAAAAAGUUCCAAGAAUCAAACACAAGAAAAAGGGGACAGUGUCAAUGGUGAACAACGGCAGUGAUCAGCAUGGAUCUCAGUUUCUUAUUACUACAGGAGAAAACUUAGAUUAUUUGGAUGGUGUUCAUACAGUGUUUGGUGAAAUAACAGAAGGCAUGGAUGUAUUGAACAAAAUUAAUGAGGCCUUCGUUGACAAGGAUUUUGUUCCCUAUCAAGACAUCAGAAUAAACCAUACAGUGAUCUUAGACGAUCCGUUUGAUGACCCCACUGGUUUGACAAUACCAGAUAGUUCACCAGAGCCUACAAAAGAACAGUUGGAUAGUGGAAGAAUAGGAGCUGAUGAGGAAAUCGAUGAUUUCAAAGGGAGGUCUGUUGAUGAAGUGGAAGAAAUUCUAGCAGAAAAAGAGGCAAAAACACAAGCUAUUCUUCUGGAAAUGGUUGGAGACUUACCUGAUGCAGAUAUCAGACCACCAGAAAACGUGCUUUUUGUAUGUAAACUUAAUCCUGUAACAACUGACGAGGACCUUGAAAUUAUAUUCUCUCGGUUUGGGCCAAUAAAAAGCUGUGAAGUAAUUCGAGAUUGGAAAACCAGUGAAUCCCUCUGCUAUGCUUUCAUCGAGUUUGAAAAGGAGGAAGACUGUGAGAAAGCUUAUUUUAAGAUGGAUAAUGUAUUAAUAGAUGACAGGCGAAUACAUGUGGAUUUUAGCCAAUCAGUUGCAAAGAUUAAAUGGAAAGGAAAAGGUGGGAAAUACACAAAAGAAGAUUUCAAAGAAUAUGAAAAGGAUCGUGACAAAACUUCUAAACUGGGUCUCAAGGAAAAAGCAAAAGCAAAACAAGACUCAAAAUAUGACCUUGUAUUGGACAAUGAGGAGCUAGAACCCAAAAUAAGUCAUAGGCACUCUGACAAGAAGAAGAAGAAACACCACCAUUCAGAUGACAGUGAUGAGGGUCAGAAGAGGUCCAAAAAAUCUAAGGACCCUGAUCGGAGGCACAAAGAAGAAAGCAGUAGAGAGAGAAGAAAAAAUGACAAGCGAGAGAAACGCCGGAGCCGGAGCCACUCCCGGAACAGAGACAAUCGCUAUAAGAAGUCCAAAGAUAAACAUCACGAGGAUUCCUGGGAAAGGGAGCAUGAGGAGAGGAGGAAAUCCAGAAGCCCAAAGAAAUCCAAAGAUAAGGACAAGUCCAAAUACAGAUGAAGGAGAAUCAAACUCUUCCCCGACAUGGAGAAGUUAGACUGUUGCCCUAAAAGGCUUAAAGUUCAGGCCUCGGAUUAAUUUCUUCCUUAUGAGAGGACAUCUUACAGUGUGGAUGCUAGUACAAUUUGAAGUUUAAAAAAUUGUUUUUCAUUUCGAUUUGAGCAAGUAGUCAUAGAGUCAUAGAAGGCAAGUCCUUCCUUGAGCAGUGAUGAGGAAUUUGCAGUGUUCUGUCUGUUACCCAUCACUACCACCAAAAAGAAUAUUACCUAAAGUCAGCCUUUAAUUGUGAGAGGCAAUGAAUUUGGUUGUUUACUGUAAGACAUGGUUAAUUUCCUAUUCUGUUAUCAUAUCUGUAGAGGAAGCUGCAUAUAACCAGAGAAUAUCCCAUUAUGCAUACGUAUUUUGAUAUUAGAACUUUCCACUGUAUGCAUACAUAUUGAAAAAAUGAAUGUGUACAGAAGAUGAUGUAUUUGAUUUCCUAUGCAGAAAUGAUAACCGGGUAAUAAAAGGUCUCUAAAUUACUUUCCUGUUGUGAGGCUUUCUAGUAAAGGCAGUGCUUCAUAAUAUAAAAUUUAUAACGUAGAAGCAGGCCAAUGUUUUCAUUAUAUUUCUCAGAUCCUACUGGAGUAAUUUCCUGUAUGGAUGCAUCUACUUCUUUUUAAAAGAAAUGUCUUCAAGCAGGCAAAAGUUUCACUGACACUUUGCACACCAUCUAGAAGGUCCCAGUUGGCAUGCAGUGAUGUGCCUGUCAGUUGGGAAAGUGCAGCAGUGACAUCUAGAAAAUCAUGUCUUUCUCCUGCCCUGUCUACCUUAUUCCAAGAAAAAAAAUUGAAAAUAUUUCACAAAGAAGUAUGUUUUGCAGCAAAUGUAAACGCUUAAUGAGAAAACAAAACCAAACAAGCCAGUACAGGAACACACCUUAGCAUAUGGCUUUUUAGCUUGCUGCUAAUGCUUUCAAAAAUCUAACUAUAUCCACCCAUUGACAGAAACCUACAAUCCAAGACUCUUUCUGCACUGAAAGAGCUGAUGUCUGUAAGCAGAUACAGUACCAGCCAAAAAGGAAAUGCUUGUUUAAACCACAGCCCUACUUACAAAAUUCUACAGGGAUAGGCUGACAUCAGUUUGCUGCAAUUCCAGAUGUCUUCACUAGACACUGUGAUCCACACUUGUUAAUAAGAAUAAUAAUAAAAAACAUUAUUUUUUACUCAUCUUAUCUCCCCAAGGGGACUCAGGGCAGCUUCCAAAGUAAAAACGGCAAACAUUCAAUGCCAGUACAAAACAUAACAGACAAUUAACAGACAAUUAAAAGUAAACCAGUAAAAAUAUAUAACAAAAAACAGUUGCAGUUCUAAGGAUCUUAAGUUUAAUUCUGAACUUAAAAUCCUUAGAACUAAAACUAUUUUUUUGUAACAGUUCAGCAGUUAAAAGCCGUGAUCUUCACCUGUAUUGUGAAACAGUGACCAGGAGAUAGCAAUGGCACUGUGCUUGUGCAUCCCGAAUAACAUGAUGUGUGAGUUUAGUGUUUGCACUAAGGAAAAUCACAUACCUCUUUGUGUGAGUAGUUCUCACUGCUCCAUUGUCAUUGCUCUUGAGUCCCGGUGGGAAGAAAGGUGGGAUAAAGAGUAAGUAAGUAAGCAAGCUUCACAUUCCCCAAGAAGCCCAGAUGGAUAGUGAGUGGUUCAUAAUGAGUGCCAGGAAGCGCCCAGCCACUGCGUUGCGCCUCCUCCUUUACAACUGACUGCCAUCCCCCCCAAUCUUUUGUAGAUACAAAAAUUAUCCACUAGCAUUAAAUGAAAUUUGGCCAAAGCAUUUUAUCUGUGAUUUUAGGAAUCUGCUAUGACUUUUGGAGGAAGUUUCAAAAUACUUGAUCACGUUCUUACAACAACCAGCUUAAUUUCUACUUAUCCUGAUACAUGGAGGUGGGCUUUGGUUAAUUUUAAUUCCCAUUACUAAAAUAUUCUGAUUUUUAUUUCCAAGUGAACAAUCUGCAACAUCCUGAAGCAUCAAUUGAGCUACCUGACAUCUUGUGUUUACUAAUUGUUUUGAUACAGCUCUAUGCCUUUUGCAUCAAGGAGCAUGGAAUGCGAUUUGUAGCCAGUUUUAAAAUAUGUGAAUGCUGAAGCAUUGCAUAUAGCUAAAUCUAGGUUAUGACAGCUGUCAAAUCAAUAGAGAAAUAGAAAAAUUAAAUUCUGGAACACAGAACAUAUCGACAUGAAUAAAUAUUUCAAUAAAAGAUAAAAUCACCUUUGCAAA